AUGUUUUCCUCUCUUUUCAUUCUAUUCCUUGUCUCAAGAUAUUCUGAGCAAUCACUUGAAGUGCUGACCAAAUUCACAAAUGCAAUAAAAACUGGAAAUCGUGAGGAAAUCUAUGCAACGCUAGAUGACAAUUUCAAAAUUAUCAGAUGCGAUUCUGAAGAGGUUUUGAGAAAAGAGGAUUUGGUUGAGAGAUAUAAAAAUAUACCCGGAGAGAAUCUGUUCUUCAAUAAUUAUACAGUUUUGGAAAAAACAGAUUAUGGAAACAGUAUUCUUUAUAUGUUGAAUAUUAGUGGAGUUGCGAUGAGUUUUUUUGAAAUUGGCGGACAGAAAAUUAUUUCCGAAACACAACGAAAUUGUGAACAACAACCAAUUACAACAUCUUUGAUCAAUGAUCCACAAAUGAUUGCAAGUUAUACGAUUUCGAGAUAUUUGGAUGCUUUAAAAAAUCACAGCCUAAUUCAAGAUGUUCUUGCAAAUGAUUACGAAUGUUUCCUCUACACUGUGUCCAAAUUUAAUCGAACUGAAUAUAUUAAUGCGUUAACUUCAACAUCUAUCACUAAACCCGUUUCAAAAAAUCAAAUAAAAAUCAAUCAAGCUUGGGAAUCUGAGGGAAAAAUAUUCUUUUUAUCUCGAAGUUUAUGUGAAUGAGAGAAAAGAUUCGAUUGCAACCAUCUAUUUUUCGGUGACUCGAGAAUAUCGGAUAAGUUAUGAAAGUCAAAUGAUUAUUAAUUAUCAACCAUUUCCAACAUUAUCAGCUUUGAUUGAUUACGGCGUUGUAAAAUAUGUUGAUUUGAAACUUUUCUAA